CUCAGAGGGUCGUUUGCAAAGUUCAUGGGCUGAAAAAACGCAGAAGGAAACAACACGCUGGAGUAUUGGUUUAAUGUACGAGCUGUGGAUUAUACUUUUCCAGUUUCACCUCACCUGACGCACAGGGCGAACGCCGGGUCCCAUUUGUCUUUGCGGAUUAAACUCUGUCAGCAGCUGACAGCUUCCCAAGAACAUGCAGGAUCUACAGUUCUGACCAGCAGCGGCUCAACAAGUAGAGCACUGGACAGCUGACAGGGCUGCAGUCUGGAUGUAAGAUUGGGUCAGCGCUUGAGUCGGUUACCCUGCUUCAGUGUGCGAUGUGUGGGUCCUCUAUCCCGCUGCGUCUGCUGCUCUGGAUCGUAGGAGCAGCUGUCUCUACGACGCAAGGUAAGGUUUUAGCUCCCGCUAAUCUGACCGCAGAGGCAGGUCGUCCCUUACUGCUCGGCUGCAACAUCACUACGGAGCCAGGUGAUAUGGUCUACCAAGUGCGCUGGCUCAACAAGCACCACAAGCUCAUUCUGGCGUACGAACAGGGAGCGUCGCCCCACAUCAGUCACCAAGACCAAAAUGUGCAGCUCACUGUCUCUCAUCACAACGCUAGCUACAUAACCUUCACGAAAGUGCAGGCUGCUGACAGCGGCUGCUACCACUGCAUCUUUGAUGUUUACCCCAAGGGCACGCAACAAGGCUUGGCGUGCUUCAAUAUCAUCGGAAAAGUGCAUUUCGAUGGCAAUAAGACGGCCAUAAGUGGAAAGCCGACCACCCUUUCAUGCUGGUACAGCCUCCCUGGCAGGGUCCGACAGGUCUUGUGGAGGAAGACAGCCGAGCAGGGUGACACCACCACUGUUGGCUCCGUUGCUGAAGGCAACCAUUACAAAAUAGAGGAACAGUUCAAGGGUCAGGUCAGCCUGAGCCGAACUCUGGGACACACUGAGCUGACGAUAAAGGCUGUCCGAACGGAGGACGAGGCCUGCUACACCUGUGAGUUCCACACGUACCCAGAUGGCACCCGGGCCGCCACCACAUGCCUCUCUGUUUAUGUUUUACCCAAACCAGAGGUGAGCCAGGUGACCUCACCUUCAGGGAUCACUGAGGCCAACUGCACGGCCAAGUCCCGGCCUGCAGCGGAGAUCAUGUGGAACGUCGGCAGUGACAACCAAACCCUAGGCCCACCAUUUUCGUCGGCCUACGAACAAGGCGACGGUACAACAAUAGUGACGAGCACGCUACUCUUCCAGUCUGGGCUGUUCAGCGACCUGUCCAUCAAGUGCAUCGUGCACCACCCGGGUUUGAAUAAACCCCUGUUGAUGUCCCUCAACACAAACAUGGGUCCAGCCAUGGUUAUCCUCAUCUCUGUGUGCGGUGUGGCAGCGGUCCUCCUCUUGUGCUUGUGUGUGUGUCUCUGCAAGUGCUUCAUCUGUACGGAUG